CAUAAUCUUUCUGUUUUGGCGGGAAAUAAGUUACGUUUGCAUAUAUAUUUUGUUAAUGCGUGAAAUGUUUGAUAUUAGACUCUAAUGGAUUUUGAGAAAGUUUCAUAAAUUUUGACGCUAUUAUAAAGUUACUGUGUUGUUAAAUCUUAUUCCGUUUUUGCUGUACAUAAUGCCGACCGUAACGCCUACAUUUGUACAAGAAAUAGUUAACGUUAUUAAGAGAUUCAAGUUCGAGGAAUUAGAAUUAUCAGUAGCGCCAGUUUUUCCAGAAAUAUCAUGGAGUAAUAUAAGAUCCGAAUUAAUUAAACAUCACAAAAAUUUUACAUCACACAAUGUAGCAGAAGUUAUUAAAAUGGUUGUCAUCGAAGAAAAAGUUACGGAGAAAAUUUUAAGAGAUCGUUUAUCAACACUACGAUUAGUUGAUAUAAGCUGGCACAGUAAUAAAAAAAUGUGGUAUGGCUAUAUAUUAAUAGGUUCUGAUAAAACUGUAAAUUAUUUCAUAAACAGAGAAAUUCAAAAUAAUAUGCAAGAUAAUUUUGAAUCAUUAAAUAUGAAAAUUAAUGUAAAGAUAUAUACACAUAAUGAUAUUACAUAUAUGUCUUUAACAGCAACAAAAUAUAAAAAUAAAAGAGGAAAAGAAAAUCGACGUGCAAUUUCACACGUUUUUGCUUUAUUUAUGGGCCAAAAAUAUUUUUUUUCUACUAAAAAAACUAUUUCAUCUGAUAUUUUAAAUGCUGUAGUAAGAAGUUUGGGUUAUAAAAACUCUAAAAGAUUUAAAUUGAUGGGUAGAGAUCUUAAAUCUUUGAGCAAAUUAUGUUGGAAGAGGAAAGAAGGAACAAUGAAUUCUGAAAAUAUUAAUAAAACUGUGGUAUAUGAAGAUGGUGCCCUUGAUAGAAAGAAGACGGGCAUAGACUUUACUCAACAAAAGCAGCGGGUAAAGUAUGCAGAAAAAUGUUUUGGUGAUAAUCCUCCUACCUUAGAAGUACUUGUUGUAAAUGGGCCUAGUAUGCCUUUGUCACAUGAAGGUGUAUCAAAAGAAUUACCAAAUGAAAACAUACAAAUAGCAUGGGAAUUUCGCAGUCACAACAUUGUUGCAUGUUUAACAAAGUUAAUAGAACGACGUAUAUUGGUUACACCAGUGCCUCAUUAUAUAUCAAAUUUAAUGACAUUAGGAAGAAAUGUGUUAACACUUAAGAAGGACUAAUAAUUAAUAUUUAAAUGCCAUAUUAUACUGGUAUAGAGCUAAUGCGAGCAAAGCUUGCUUAUUACUUUAAUGAUUUUGUAAUUAUUCAAAUUCUAAGUGA